UUUUAGACUCCUCCCCCCGCAUCAGAUUCUCCAUAUUUCUUGUACGCCUUCUCGCCUCUCCCUCUCUGAAUCGCUUGCGUUUAUAAAUUUAAGACAGCCGUAGCUGCUUCCAUUCUAUAAACGGUGGGUAGUCAUCUCCAACCGUCUCUCCGGCGGAUCCCGUGCAGAAGCCUUUCGGAAGGCAUCGUCCUUGGGGACUGUGAGGCGACCAUCUUGCUCUGUGUCGUUUUCCUGAUUCGUUAAGAGGAAAGAGGCCUGGAGUAGGAAGACGAAGGAGCUGGAAGUUCUAAAAAAUGUUGGUUGAAUUGGAAGAAACCGUUCCACCAGUUGAGGAGUCCCUUGUCGACGCCAGCUCUAGACCGAGACGGAUUGCUCUCUUCGUGGAGCCUUCGCCUUUCGCUUAUGUCUCUGGGUACAAGAACCGAUUUCAGAAUUUCAUCAAGUAUCUGCGUGAAAUGGGGGAUGAGGUUAUCGUGAUCACUACUGAUAAAGGCGUUCCAGAUGAAUUUUAUGGUGCAAGGGUGAUUGGAUCUUGGAGCUUCCCCUGCCCAUGGUACCAAACUGUGCCACUCUCCCUGGCCUUGAGCCCCAGAAUCAUUUCUGAAGUUGCCAAGUUCAAGCCUGACAUAGUCCACGCAUCAUCACCUGGAGUCAUGGUAUUUGGUGCACUAGCCAUUGCCAAAAUGCUAAGCGUUCCCUUGGUGAUGUCAUAUCACACGCAUGUUCCAAUAUACAUACCAAGAUACACAUUCAGUUGUCUGGUCAAGCCUAUGUGGCAGAUAAUAAAAUUUCUUCACCAGGCUGCGGACCUUACUCUUGUUCCUUCUGUUGCCAUUGCUCGAGAUCUGCUAGCUGCUGAGGCAACAGAACCUCACAAAAUCCGUCUUUGGAACAAAGGGAUUGACUCAAAAAGCUUCCAUCCACAUUACAGAAGUGAACAGAUGCGGAUCCGGCUUACGAAUGGUGAGCCAGAAAAGCCACUGAUAAUUCAUGUGGGACGCUUAGGAUUUGAAAAGAGCUUGGAUUUUCUUAAACGCUUGAUGGACCGACUUCCAGGUGUGAGAAUUGCUUUUGUCGGAGAUGGACCAUACCGGCCUGAGCUAGAGAAGAUGUUCUCUGGCAUGCCUGUUGUGUUCACAGGGAUGCUGCAUGGUGAGGAACUUUCGCAAGCAUAUGCCAGCGGCGAUGUGUUUGUGAUGCCCUCAGAGUCCGAAACACUCGGGCAGGUGGUGAUGGAGGCUAUGUCAUCAGGUGUGCCGGUGGUGGCCGCCCGGGCAGGAGGAAUACCGGAUACUAUUCCUGAAGAUCAAGACGGAAAGAUAAGCUACCUGUUUACUCCUGGUGACGUAGAUGACUGCCUCUGCAAAGUGCAGUCACUGCUUACGAAUGAAGAGCUGAGAACAACUAUGGGGAAAGCUGCCAGAGAAGAGAUGGAGAAGUAUGAUUGGAAAGCAGCAACGUACAAGAUAAGAAACGAACAAUAUAAUGCUGCCAUUUGGUUCUGGAAGGAGAAAAGGGCUCAAGUACUCAGGCCUCUACAGUGGUUGCUUCAGUUAAUAGUUAGAUCCCCAGAGGAUAAAUGUAAUUAAAUACCUUAAUAGAUCCACAGAUGGAUGAUUGUCAUUGUGCGCUUGAUGGUUGAUCGUGGUUUUUUUUCUUAUUCAAUCGCAGUCUGUUUGCUUCAUUGUAAUUGUAAAACUAUGAAUAGGAGCAAUUGCGACGAUAUCUUGUAUCAACGCAAGUUGUAUUCUUUUUCCAAGUUUUUAGCAUUGCAGGUUUGCCUAUUGAAUUGUGCAAGAACUGCAGCCUAAGGCAUUGAGCAUAAAUCUCUUCUUGUUU